UGAACCCAAUGUUUGUACCACACCCAGUGUUUAUCAUGGGCCAGGAAUUUAAGCAUGGAGGAUUCUUGGUUAACAAAGGAUCUGUGAGCUCUAAUUUUGGGCUCAACCCCUUGCCAAUACGCCAGAGUGCAUUCGUGCCAAACAAGAAUCAUUUUCUUUACAGAAAUCCUAUUCACUCUAAUUGACUCGUAGAGGAUAAUCAAGGAGAUCUUGAUCCAACCAUGGAGAGGAAUGCUGUAAAAAUUACUUCAGAUAGUUCAGAGUCUCGGGAUUCCGAUACCCAGCCUAUAAUUUUUAAAACACUCAAUAUUUCAUUGAAGAAAUCAAUUCAAGAUUCUUCUACUACUAAGUCUCAGAGUUUAAGAUCCGACGAGGAGCCAAAGAACGAUGAGAACACAGAGAUAACUUACCAAGAUAAAAGCUCUUCUAAAUUUGAUAAAGGAAUGAGGUUCUCCAAGCGGAAUGAUAAAGAGCUAUUCAAGAUUCUCAAUGCUAUAUGUAAGGAGCAUGGAGUCUCAGUCACAAACUUUUGGAAAGACUCAGCACCUCUUCCGAGGAGGGAGAAAAGUAUCCUGAUCGCUCUCGCAGAUAAGAUCUGCUGGAAAAGGAACAGAAAGCUUGAUCUUCUCAAAAGAAUCCGCAGGAUCGCUACAAAGAAGACUUUCUCUGUCAGAGAGAAGAAGUUAUUGAAGAAGAUUAUCAGCAAGAACUCUAAACUUCACCUCCUUAUAGCUGGAGGGUGUAAUAAUCAGAUAUUAUCAGAAAUUCAGGGCACCCAAGAGAUCUUAGAGAAUUUCCCCGGGAAGUCUCUCGAGAGAUGUUUUGAAGAAUACCUGACUUUGCUUUAGUCUUUGGCCCCAAUUUCUCAAAGAGACCCUUUUGAUUCAACCAGCUAAUGUU